UUAUCUUCUAAGGAUUGAUUGAGAAAGAAGAAAGCAGCAGCAGCAGCAGAAGCAGCAAAACUCUCUAAGAAAUUCUUGUCUGCCCACCCUCUAAACAACCCUCAAGGUCUCUUCUUCACUCUUUUCUUUCAAUAGUCCUUAACUUUGUCUACUUUUAUUUGGUGGGGUCUAGGUAUUGCAAAGAAACAAAUUCGCUUAUCAGUGAUUCUAUUGGUGUCUCUUUUUCCAUAAACGAAGGAAUCCCUUGUUUGGUUCCAAUAGAAGGAAAGAUGAUUGAAACAGCUGAUGACCCAAAAAUCUGAUCCUGUUGUUUAUUCAUCUGCCGCGACAAAUAACGUGUGAUUGAUUACUAGAUCCAAUUGUCCAAUCCCAGAAUUAUUCUGCAUUGAUUAGCCGGUUUUAGCUAUGAAGCUGAGAUUGAGGUCUGUGCAAUCUAAAGAAACUGUGAAAAUACAAGUGCCGGAUUCUUGUACUUUGCAGCAACUAAAAGAAACACUUUCUCGAGCAAUAUCUUCUUCUGGCUCGUCUCUUUAUUUGUCUCUUAAUAGAAAGGAUGAGCUCAAUACCUCAUUGCCUGAGGAUUCUUUGCAAUCACUCGGUAUUACGUCUGGUGACCUUAUCUAUUUCUCUGUCAAUCCCAAAGAUUUCUCAUCCUCUGGUCAACCCCUAUGUUUAGGUUCUAGUUCCUCUAUACAAGAACAGGUUCAAGGUCAUCGGGGUAAUGUAGAAGAGCCCAUGCCAGAUCAAUCGAUGAGUUUUCAAGAGUCUAAAUGUUCGGAUUUGAAUAUGCUCGAGAAUCAAGAUUUGUUCGUACAAGGGCAUGUUGGUGUUCAGGCUAAUGAUACCAAUUCUCGAGAAACCAUAUCUGAAAUCUCUCCACAGAUGCACUUGCUAGGACAGAAGCAUGGGAUUGCAGAAUCAGAUAUGAACGGUGCAGUUACUGAAGGACAUGGAGCUCUGGGUUCAAAAACUCGGAGCAGAGAAACCUUAGAGACCCAAGAAUUGACCAGUGUAGAAGCUAUGGAUGUUGAUCCUGGAUCUGUAGAUGUGGGCAAUAAGAGGUUCUCUGAACCGUAUUUCUUGAGGAGGCUAUUGAGGAAAGAAUUGGGUGAUGAUGGUAGCAACUACAAGCUCUUGGUUAUUGCAGUUCACGCUGUUUUUAUAGAAUCUGGUUUUGUUGGGUUCAAUUCUAUAUCUGGGAUGCGAGUUGAUGGAUUUCACCUUCCAGAAGAGCAGUCAUCUAGGAAUUUGGCAGUGUCACUUUGUUACACUCUUCCUGAACUUUUGGACAGUAAAGUUAUCGCUGAAACAAUUGUUUUGAAGCUCCAGAGUUUAGGCCAUUUUGUUAAUGUCUAUGGGAGUUUGUCCAAGGGUGGAUCAGGGCUAUAUCACGCACGUCUGGAUAUAAAUAAAUUUGUGCCAGCUAUAGAUUUUGUGUGGGAAAAUGAUAAGAAUGAUGGGAUGAAUGGAAGUGAUAGGUCAUCCAUUUUGUAUCCUGAAAAUGAAAUUUUUGAGUUCUGGAAAAUUGUGAAGGAUGGUCUUGCUUUGCCAUUGUUGAUAGAUAUUUGUGAGAAGGCUGGUCUGGUUCUUCCUUCAUGCUUGAUGCGCCUCCCAACAGAGCUGAAGCUCAAGAUUUUUGAGUUGUUACCUGCUAUUGAUAUUGCAAAAAUGGAAUGUGUUUGUUCAGAAAUGCGUUACUUGUCUUCGAACAAUGAUUUAUGGAAGCAGAAAUUUGUGGAGGAGUUUGGAGAUGGGACAGCAGCACAUGGAACUCUCAAUUGGAAGGCGAGGUUUGCUUCAUAUUGGGAGAAUAAGAAGCGGAAGAGGGAUUUCAAUGCGUGGCAGGAGUAUCCGCAAUUUCUGCCCUUUCAUGUCCCGAUCAGGAGGGACCCUAAUCCAUUAUGGUGUCCUUCAAUUAUAGGUGGUGAUUAUGACCGUCUGCCGGGGCUUGGUAUUCCUCCUUAUCGGCGUCCUGGUAUAGGAUGGCCCCAACCACGUCAUAAUUUUUCACCCAAUUGUAACCUGGGGGGAUUCAGUUCCUAGUCUGGGGCUUGAAGGCUUGCUCGAUGACGGUGGAAUGCUGAAUAUGAACCGAAUAGAGGCAUUUAUGGGUCAGUUUAUAUGCAUGAUAAAUAAUGUGUUUCUGGUUGUAGUGCUUUCGAAGUCUACAUUACAAUUUGGAAGGUUUUUUUUUUGUUUUAAUGUUUAUAAAACGUUGUUGAACUCUCAUCUCUUUGUUCUUAUUAGCUAUUGCCACUAUUUUGGGUA